AUGAGUGAAGAUAUAAACUUUAUAGAGAGCAACAACAACAAUAAUAAUAUCAUUAACAACAUACAGAAUAAUAGUGUGAAUAAUAUAUCUAUUCUGACACAUAACACAAAUGUUAAUAUAUUAUCAAAGGUAGAUAAUAAUGUAUGUGAUGUGAAGAAUAUUUAUAAUAUAAAAAAAGAAGAUGUUAUAAUUGAAGAGUAUAUGGAUAUUAAUAAGAGUAGUACAAUAAAUCUAGAUCAUAAUAAACAAGUUAAUAUAUAUAUUGAAAAUAGCGAUCUUAAUAAAAAAAUAUAUACAUGUCAUACAUGUAAUAUACAAAUAUAUAAUUAUUCUUUUUUUCGUUAUCAUUUUAAAUCAGAAUGGCAUAAAUAUAAUUUGAAAAGAAAAUUAUUAAAUUUACAUUGUGUAAAUGAAUAUGUUUUUAAUGAAAAAUUAAAAAAUUUAAAAAAAAAUGAAGAUCAAGAGAAUCAAAAAAAAGAUAAAAGAGAAAAUCAAGGUAGUAGCCACUUGAGUCAUAAAAAGCAUAACGCAAGUAAUAAAAAAAAAAAGGAAAAAAAUAUUGCGAAUUUUAAUAAUGAUAAUAUUAAUAAUAAUAUUAUUUACAAUGAAGAUAAUUAUAAUAAUCAUAUAACCAAAUGUAAUAAUGAUAUAAAUAGACAUAUCAGUAAUACAAAUAUUUCAUCUACCCCAAAUAAUAAUAAUAAUAAUAAUAUAUCCAGCAACAGUAUAAAAUAUGCUACAAAAGAAAAUGUUCUUUUAACAAAAAAUGUGAAAUAUGAUAAUCCAGCUGUCUGUUUUUUUGAUAAUCGUAUUUUUAAUUCCAUAGAAGAAAAUAUAAAACAUAUGAAUGAUAAUUAUACCUUUUAUAUUCCUGAUUUAAAAUAUGUAACCAAUGUGAAAAAAAUUCUUUUAACUAUUGGAAAAAAAAUAUAUGAAGAAAAUAUAUGUAUCUAUUGUUUUAAAUAUGCUAAAUGUGUUAAAUCAUUACAAGCACAUAUGAUAUGUAAAAGUCAUACCAAGAUACAUACUAAUUUUAUGGUUUAUAUUCAAAAAUAUUAUGACUUCUCAAAAACAUAUGUGGAUUUAUUAAAUAAAUAUAUUAAUAAUAAACAAGACAAAAAAUUACUCCUCUAUAUGUUAAAUCAUGAACAAAAUAAAGAUCAACAAUUAGAAAUAGAUGAUAAGGAAAAUAAUAUUAGUGAUAAUCAUUUGAAAAAUUCCAAUGUUAUUACAAAAAAUAAACCUUCUAAUCAUACAGAGAAUAAUUCUGAUGAUGAUACUAAUGAUAGUUAUAUAUUAAAAAAAGAAAAUAACGAAGAUACAUCUUUAUCAAACUCAUAUGAUAAUAAUGAUAAUAGUAGUGAUGAUAACAAUAGCGACGAUUAUAAAAUAAAAGAAACAGAUUUAAAUAAAAAUAUUGACUAUAAUAAAAUUUAUCAAGUAUUAGAAGAAUUUGGAUAUAUCAAACCAGAAUUAAAUGAAUAUAACAAUUUAAUUUUACCAGAUGGUUCAGAAGCCAUCAAUAGAAAACUUGCCUACAUAUUUAAACAAAAACUACCCUUAGAAAAUAAAACAAACCUUUCUUCCAAAUAUAAUCAAAUCGAUCUUUUAAAAAAUAAAAAAGACAAACACUUACAACAACGUAAAUAUAAAUAUUAUAUUGAUAUUAUGAAGAAAUAUAAUUUAAAUUUAAAUUUGAAGACAAACAAUUUGAACAAGUUUUACAAAAGUGAUUCGAUCUUCUUCCUCUAA